AUGCAAUCGACUCAAGAGACAAAGAACUCAAUCAGCUCUUCCGUUUACGGCAUUCAACAACUCUUUCGCGAUUUUGAAAAGCAAUGUCAUAUCCUAACAACACCCGCUACUGAAGAGAUCCAUGCACUCGGUCCUGUCAAUAUCGACCACGCACGACAAGAGUUCAUGCAGCACAUUAACGCUAUCCGAUCGAUAUGCUCUCAAUUCGAGACAGAGGUGCUAGGCGACGUUGUCAAAAUGGGAGCAGGCGCCGAGCCAGCCUUUCGAAAGCACUUGACACAUCUCAAGGAACAAGCUCAGCUCGAGAGUACCGUGAUGCGCGUCAAGGACAUAUUAGAAAGCACCAAAGAAACGGUUGAACAGGCUAUGAAUGAACGAGAAACGUCCAAAUCCAAAGUGCAGACGAGGAAACUGGAGAAGCUUGCACAGUCUUUGGGGUUGAUGGUGUUUGUUGAUACAACUCAAAAGAAUGACGCGGGUCAGCCUGUUACAACUAUUACAUUGGGUGGUACCGUCAUUGUAGUCGAUAUCGAUAUUGACGAAGGAGGGUCCAUCUUGAAAUGCAAAGUCACCUAUGUAUCAGAGGUUAUUCAAAGUGAUCAAGAUGAUCGAGUGGAUCAAAUGCUCGCAGAGAAUUUGCAAUCACAAGACUAUGAUCGAUUCAAACGCAAUUUGGGUGCUUUGGCUCUCCUGGAUCAGCUCAAUGUGAAGUAUGCGCCGACCGAUUUCUUUCUCAUUAUGCGUGCCAUGAUGGCUGACAUGAAAUCCAUCUUUGAUCAAGAAAUGCUGGUCGCAUCGAAUGAUAUGGCAAGCGUCCUCAUGGAAGGCCAUGGUAUACCAAAUCAGCAUUUCGAUUAUCCUGGCUUGUCAAUUUCGUAUUGGAUGUGCAAAGAACUUGUGCUUGGAAACGAUUGGAAUGAAGUGCAUGGAUACAUCACUGAGAGCAAGAAUCACCCAUCCUUCUCGCAUGCAUCUAAGCUUCUCAUCUCCUUUGAAGAUUCUCAAAAGCUGAAUUCCUUCAUCCCACCUACGCGGAGCAAGUACCUUCUCGAAUAUGAUGAAUCUCAAGACGCAGUCAAAGAGGGAGAAAAUGGAGAACAUCUGGACGUUGUAUUGGAACCCAAUUGGCCGGCAUUCAUGCAGCCUAUGCGAUUUGUCAAAAUGUUGUCGAGCUAUCCAAAUGUCAAACCCGUGCCAAUCCGCUUCGUUGCAAAGUUGGAUCCACCUGUACCUGCAGCCAAUGUUAUUGUACGCAAGUUGAUGGUUGCAUCGGGCAUUGCGGACGAUGCUUCAGUACAUACUUCACAAGACCCACCUGCUGUCACCUCUUCUCUCGAAAAUAUGCUGGUGAAUGAUGAUGCGCCGCUGGAUACAACCACCACAUGGACAUCAACGUUUGAAAAUUCAACGGAUCAAGUUUAUCGAUGGAUGGGAUCUUCAUUGACACCUGGAAAACUCGUUCGACGUAUCACUUUUAAUCAUCCCAGCCAAAUCUAUACCAUUCUCUUGCAUUUGCGACAACAACAAAUGUUCAACACACUAUUUCAAAGCAUAUUCCAUGACAAAGCCAUCAAGUCCACUCGAGAAAAGAAAUACACGCUCUCCCUUGAUGAGAUAUUACAAGAGAGCAAAUCAGAUGACAAGCUACAUGUUGAAGUUGCAAGCAUUGAUGCACCCAGUAUAAUCCACCUCACGAUCUCAUUACCUCCUUCACCACAAUCCAAGCACCUUGUUUUAUUAUCGCUCUCCAUUGAGAUCCCCAAGAGUACACCUGCGCGCCCUAUUAUUCGACUCUAUCCUCCAUCCACCUCUGAGCAUGAACGUGUACAUCAUCUCGCUUGGAAUUCAGAUAUUUUUGAUCAAGACAAAAUGACACGCGUGAUUCAAACAGGCUACAGCAUUCCAUUAUUGGUGCGAUGGCUCUGGAACCGGAUACAGCAACAACCCGACGUUGAUUAUACCAUUGAAAUUUCACGACUUGGACUACGACGAUCAAGGAACGAAGAUGGGAUCUCAUCAUAUCCUAGCAAGCAUGUCAAGAUGGAAGGACAAUAG